AUGACAUUUUUCGGGUUAAUGCGGUUGUUUGGUCGUGGGUCUGCGGUGAGUUCGGUGGAACCCCUCGGGUCGGAGGAGUCACAACAAUCAUCACCAUCAGAAUCACAACAACACGCGCCGGAAUACCUGGAAAUUGAUUACGAGCAGGAGAUGGAGGAAUGUUCACGGUACACUUUCAGCACGGGACCUCUUCAAUCGUCUGAUCCACGUGUUGACAUUCGCAUGCUCGAAGGCCUUCGUUUCCAACAUCAACAUCAACAUCAGAAGCAGUCGCAGCAGUUUGAAGCGGGGAAUGCGCUUCCGCCGCGUUGUGGAUUGCGCGAGCGGUUCGCAUCUGACGGUUAUGACUGCAUUUCCCUGCGGCUUCUGCUCGGGGAGGCUCGGCGGUUACACCUCGCGCGUUGUGGCGGAAUGGUGACGGAAGUGAGGCGGCAAUGGCGUGAGUUUGCCACAAACCUCGCGGAGGAGUUGGGCCAGUUGAGUUUCGAGCAGGUACGGCGUAAUAUUGCUUGCGCUCGGCUAUUUGAUUUAACAUCUCUUAGCAGCUCCACUGGUGCGGGUGCUGGUGCUGGUGGAGCGAGUCAUGAUGUCACCAGUAGUGGUAACUUUACGCUUUAUUGUGGUAGUGGUGGUGGUGCUGAGCGGGUGCGUGCUUUGCAGUAUCGGAAAGAGCGACUUCUUCAAAAGUUACGUGAGCGUAAGACGCUCUUUUGGACAGGUGAUGAUGAACUGCCUUGCGAAACACAAACUCACCAUAUGGAGCAGGGGGAGGAGCAACCAUUUACUUCUGAUUCAGGGGCAGUACCUCCUGCUGUUGCGGUUGAGGGAUUGGAAAGUAGAAGAAAACUGCAAUCCAAUGUUUCGUUAAGUUCUUCGGUUUCGGGUCUGAUUGGUGUUGGUGCCUUUAUUAAAUGUAGGGAUGAAUCGGGUGAAGGUCUUAGCGUUGGUUUAACAUCUUAUGCGAGUAGUUGUGUUGAAGAUGUGGAUGAUGACGACAGCGUUUGCAUGGGUGAUGAUAUUGUAACGGUUAGCAGUGAUGGAUUUGGGUAUUGUACACCACUUGGUUUGAGCGAAACAGGACUUUUAACUGCAGGGCCUGGCGGAUGA